AGCAGCUGCCAAAAUAAGAGGCGGGUAUAUAAAAGUCUCAGAGAAAGGUAUCAUUGCACCUCCGCCGCAGAGAUCUGAAACUAAGCAUCGCUUCACUGACACGGGAUCUGAUUGUUUUUCUACCCCCAGAAGCAGUCAUGCACCUGAACGUAUGCAGAGCGUGCCACUUCUUAUUUUUGUUCUGCAUACUGUUGAAGAGCUGUCAAACGUUCAAGAAUGAUGCCACUGAGGUCUUGUAUUCACACGUGGUUAAUCCGGUACAAGAGAUUCAGAGUAAUGUAUCUUUAAAUCGUGCAAGAAACGGUGGAAGAAGCAUCGGCAACACCGCUCAAGAGCGAAGUGAGCGAACCCAGGUUGGAUGCAGAGAACUACGGUCUACUAAGUACAUCUCGGAUGGCCAAUGCACUAGCAUAAACCCAAUCAAGGAAUUAGUGUGUGCUGGUGAGUGCCUCCCAGCUCAAAUGCUACCCAACUGGAUCGGUGGUAGCAAUGGGAGGAAGUUCUGGAGCCGAAGGAAUGCCCAGGACUGGCGCUGUGUGAACGAUAAGACUCGCACCCAGCGGAUCCAGCUACAGUGCCAGGACGGCAGUGCAAGAACAUACAAAAUCACAGUGGUCACUUCCUGCAAGUGCAAGAGGUACUCCAGACAGCACAACGAGUCAGGUCACAAGUUUGAGGAUUCAUCGCAGACUCAGCUGGCUCACAAACCCAAGGCUAAGAGGAGGCAUGGGAAGGGCAAGAUCAGUGAGAACUGGCAUGAAACAGAGCCAAAAAAUUAAAGACUCACAAUGACUGCGGUCCUGGAUUAUCUCUUAAAGGGUUGUCUGAGUGUCUGUGGACCAUUGGAGGACCAUGCGUAUAUAGCACUGAAUUCCUGAACCAAGGCCAUCAGUUGACUGUUUCUUUUCCCAAUACCUGAUGUGGUGAAAGAAUUUUGUAAGUUAAACCGAAACAGAAUGGGGACAAGACAAUCCUUGCCUUCCAAAAUAAUUACACAUUAUUUAAAAUCUUGAUAAAAAAUUUUUUUCAUAGCAUAAAAAUGCAUUGUAUUAAUGGCAAUACUGGGUAAAAUCAUUUUAACAUGCAUGAUGAAAGAUCCAUAAUAUGACAAAAAACACAAAACAAAGAUAUCGUGUGUACAUAUAUGUAAAUAUAUAUGAUAAUGGGCUUAAUUGGUUACAGUUUGAAGUAUAUUAAACCAGUAGUUGACUGAGUAAAUGGGAGUAAUGCGGGAGACCAAAACUAGCCUAUAGACAUAAAAUAGUCCUGAAUGUUUUUUUUAAUUGUUUUUAGUUACUUUGCCUACCUGUUUGAAUAUCACAUCAGAAACAGAUUCUUUCACUUUGUUAAUCUUAUAUAAUGUUUAGCAUUACACUUCAGGGAAAAUACACGUAAUUAUAAUAAAGAAGGCUGGUUGGUUAAAAGGGAGUUUUGUUAUAAUUAAAUCUGGAUUUUGCAUGAAGUGCAACAAAGGCAUCACUGCCAAAGAUGCAAUUAGAUGAAAAGGAAUCAACAGAAAAACUUUAACUUUGCACACUUUUUACUUGUACCAAACAAUCCACAACAAUUAGACUAUCAGAGGGAAGUUCCCUGCUUUGCCUCCCAUAUUUGUAGCUCACCAAACACCCCAGAUAUAAACAUGUGAUAUUCACAUCUUACAGUAAAUUUUGUAUAUGAUGUAAUAUAAUAUUUUGUGAGUCAACAGUUUUUAUAUAUCUGAUUUUUUGAUUUUUUGUAUGUGAAAGCCAAUAUAGAGAACAGUCAAAGUAGUGUUUGUAAUAUGCAGUGGCACUGUGUAUGUUAAAUAUAUAUAUAUAUAUAUAUAUAUAUAUAUAUAUGUUUUGUCUUCACAGAACAUAAUAAACUGUAAUUAUUUUU